UCACAUGGUUUUGAUGGGUGGAGAAUUCUAUCUUUGAAGGAAGUGACGUUCCAGGUAGGUAGAAUUCUACAAGCUCGAAGACAUGGAGGCUGGUGCGUACAAUAGACACUGACAGCUCACUCACAAACCCAUAAAAAGGAAACCACACAAAACGUGGACAUUGAAUUCAGCGAGCAGGGAAUCAGACCGACUGUGGGUGAAACCAUGGAGUCCAUGCUUAAUAAGUUCAAAAGCACGGUGACAAAGGUAACUGCAGAUGUUACCAGUGCUGUCAUGGGAAACCCUGUUACCAGGGAGUUUGAAGUGGGGCGUCACAUUGCCAGCGGAGGGCCAAUGCUGUCCUGGAAGAUCUUCAAUGGCAUCAAAAAAUCCACCAAACAGGAAGUAGCAGUUUUUGUGUUUGAUAAAAAGAUGAUUGAAAAGUAUCAGAAGUUUGAUAAAGACCAGAUUAUAGAUUCUCUCAAACGAGGAGUCCAGCAGCUUACAAGACUACGGCACCCACGGCUGCUUACUGUCCAGCACCCACUUGAAGAGUCCAGAGACUGCCUAGCAUUCUGCACAGAACCAGUCUUUGCAAGCUUAUCUAAUGUUCUUGGACAGUGGGACAAUCUGCCAAGCCCUGUACCUACCGACAUUAAGGAGUAUAAGCUGUAUGAUGUUGAAACCAAAUAUGGACUCUUACAGAUUUCUGAAGGCUUGUCCUUUUUACACAAUGGUGUGAAAAUGGUUCAUGGAAAUCUUACGCCUGAGAAUAUCAUUCUGAAUAAGAGUGGAGCGUGGAAAGUCAUGGGCUUUGAUUUCAGUAUCUCCUCAUCCAAUCCAUCUGAACAAGAGCCAAAGUACUCCUGUAAAGAGUGGGACCCGAAUCUUCCAUCGCUGUGCCUGCCUAACCCAGAGUAUUUGGCUCCUGAAUACAUCCUCUCUGUGAGCUGUGACACAGCCAGUGACAUGUACUCUUUAGGAGUUGUUGUGUAUGCUGUAUUUAAUGAAGGAAAGCCCAUCUUUGAUGUAAACAAGCAUGGUAUUUUUAAAAGCUUCAGCAAACAGCUGGAUCAGUUGAGCCGUUUAAGUCAAAACAUCCUGCAGAAGAUUCCAGAAGAGGUUCGUGAGCAUGUAAAGCUUUUGUUGAAUGUAACUUCAACUGUAAGGCCUGAUGCAGAUCAGAUGACAAAGAUUCCCUUUUUUGAUGAUGUUGGAGCUAUGACACUACAGUAUUUUGACUCCUUAUUCCAAAGAGAUAACCUGCAGAAAUCUCAGUUUUACAAAGGACUUCCAAAGGUUCUUCCUAAAUUGCCUAAGCGGGUUGUAGUACACCGUAUCCUGCCAGCUCUGACCUCAGAGUUUGUGAACCCGGAUAUGGUCCCUUUCGUCCUGCCAAACGUCCUGCUCAUUGCUGAAGAGUGCACUAAAGAGGAGUAUGUUAAAUUAAUCCUGCCUGAUCUCUCACCAGUCUUCAAGCAACAAGAACCUAUUCAGGCUAGCAAUAUGAUUCUGUUAAUCUUUUUGCAAAAAAUGGAUUUGUUGCUGACCAAAACUCCUGCAGAAGAUAUAAAGAACAGUGUCCUACCAAUGGUCUACAGAGCUCUGGAAGCACCCUCAAUUCAGAUUCAGGAACUCUGUCUAAACAUCAUUCCCACCUUUGCAAACCUGAUAGAUUACCCAUCCAUGAAGAACUCAUUAAUUCCAAGAAUUAAAAAUGCGUGUUUACAGACAUCCUCUCUUGCAGUCCGUGUAAAUUCCCUGGUCUGUCUGGGCAAGAUUCUAGAAUAUCUUGAUAAAUGGUUUGUAAUAGAUGAGCUCCUGCCAUUCCUGCAGGAAAUUCCAUCCAGGGAGCCUGCUGUGCUUAUGGGAGUUUUAGGAAUCUACAAGUGUACAUUUACUCAUAAAAAGUUGGGGAUUACCAAAGAACAACUGGCUGGGAAAGUCCUGCCCCACCUCAUCCCGCUUAGCAUUGAUAACAACCUCAAUCUCAACCAGUUCAAUUCCUUCAUGGCAGUAAUAAAAGACAUGUUGAAUCGAAUAGAAGCAGAACACAAGACCAAACUUGAGCAGUUGCAUAUCAUGCAAGAACAGCACAGAGGAAUGGAAAUUUCAAGUACAAUGAACAAAACCGAAGAGCCUCAGUCAAAUCCAGUUAAUCAGAUUGACAAAAUAUUUGGGUCAAAUUCUGUAAGCGGAGGAUCUGACAAGAAAGAAAAUGGAUCUACGGCAGUAGUACCACAACCAUCAAGAGUAUCUCUAACACUGGAGGAAAAACAGCGGUUAGCAAAGCAACAGGAGCAGACUCUGAAACUGAAGAAUCAGAAGCCUCUUGCUCCCUCAAAUGUGACAACGGCAGCUUCUGUAAAACCAACAAAGGAUCUGACAAGCACCCUUCUGGACAGCAUGUCAUCUAUGGGGAACCUGUCUCUAAGCACUGCUAAACCAGCCCCCUCCACAGGAUUCUCCACCAUGUCCUCGAUGGGUACUAUGAGUGCGAUGGGAAACAUGAGCAAUGGUUUUAAUUCCAGCAUGGGAUUCCAGCCUUCUGCCAUGAACAUGGGAAUGUGCACCCCCAACCCCAGCAUGUACGGUGGCAUGGCUACGACAACAAGCACGCCCAAUUUCAACACCAUGGGUGGGUUAAGUCAGCCAGGUACAGUGGGUGUGUUGCAACAAAACAAACCUGCAAACAUGGUGGCUCUAGAUUCUCUCUUUGUACCCCAGAAACGCAAAGUAAGCUUGAACCAAAUGGCACCAAAACUUGCCCCACCAGCAGCUGUCCCCAGCCCAUGGCUGAACCAGUUUGGGCAACCCCAAGGACCACAGACCAUGAACAUACCCAUGGCUCCAGUGCAACCCGGGGUGACGGGCCAGGCAGGCUUUGGAAUCCAGGCAAAUCCAUUCUUUAGCCCUCAGAACUUCUCCCAGCCCGGCAUGCCAAAGAACACCAUGAAAAGCAGCACCUCUGUAAACAAUGACCUGAAAGACCUUUUUGGCUAGAACAUGAUUGUAUUUUUACAUUUUUAUUUUUCCUUCAAUCAUUAACAGAUAAUUAAUCAGAAUCAUGGGUGAGCUGAAGUAGCAUCUACCAUAUCUAUUGCAUUCUAUAUACUAUUAUUACUAUUAUUAUCAUUUGUAUGCCAUAUCUAGAUUUGGACAUACAUUUUAUUCCCAAAAAAUAUAUUUAGUUACAUGAAUUUAGAACUAAUAAUGGAAUAUCCUUUCCUGAGUCUGAGCCUCUUGACUUUUUUUUUUUUUAUAAUAAACAUGUAUACAAUUUGACAUAACUUGUUAAAGCUAUUUUUUUUUUUAAUACAGUUAUGUAUAUAAUAACUGUUUUCAGUCCUACAAGACUGCUUUUAGUUUUAAUUGUCACAGCAGUACACUGUGCAGACAGGCUAACACCAACUUUUAUGUUCAAGAGCAGAAAACCGCAUCCACUUCUGGAAAUGUUACAAAGGAGUAAGAAACUUAAGUUAAAAUUGCGUUUAUAGUUUUGAAUAACAGCAGCUUUUAUUAUAAACGCUGCAAGAAUGUUACUCUUUAGAUACUGUAACAUUGAUAGAAAUACCACCCCAGAGGCAUAUGAAACCUUCCAGAUGAAAAUACUUUAAAGCAGAUUUCAGCACAUCCAUGAUACUAUGCAUUAUUUAUCUGUUUCCAGCUUUGGGAUUUCAGUUCUGAUUUCAGGCGAUUUAAAAGUCUUACUGAACAGGCUGUUGGGUCUAAAACACAGUGCAUUGUUAUUUGUAUUCUUGCAAUAUCUUUUUCAACAUAAUCGCAAUUGUUUCUAUAUUUUUAUUAGCACAUCCCUGGUCAGUCCACAUCAGUUAUGCUUCGGGUCUUCCUGUCAAAAUGUUUUCUGAAUUGGCUGCUAAAAUCCAAUCUGUUCAAUCAGAAACAUUUCAUUGGUUCCCGGCUCCUCUCCCAGCAAGUUCAGCAUUUUGAUUGGUUCCUCUAUCCUACCUGCUCGCUCCGGCACAGGUUCAGAGGGGCAGGAACAGGUUGCUAACUGACCAGGGAUAUGUUAAUAAAAAUAUCAAAACAAAUUGAGAUUUUAUGUUAAAAGAUAUUGCAAGAAAACAUUCAACAAAGCUGAAAGCUAGCGAAAGUAAUGUGUUGUGUUUUAAACCCUACAGCCUGUUCAGUAACACUAUCAGAAUGCUUUUCAGUCAUUUUUUUUCUUUUUGGUUGCUGCUCAAGAUACCACAAGGCCUUAUGCUGUGAAUGCAAUACAGGUAUUGAAAAUAAAAUGUUUUUAUGAAGUGGUAGUGUUACUGGUGUACAGACUGUAAUUUGGUGUUUAUUGAUUUUUUGUGGGCAAACCAUUGCAUUACUCACAGUUAUGCUGUCUUGGUUAAAUAAAACUUUUUUCUUUUCUCGUACCUGGGACCAGAUGACAUUGGUAAUGAUUGCCUUUGUUUCAAAGUUGAAUUCUAAAUCUGUAAAAAUGUAUUUGCCUUUAAGAUAAAAUCUGAUAUUUUAUUACACUGUAGUAGAAAUGAUCAUGCUAGCUUGUUGAUAUGGAAAGUAAAAAAAAAAAAAAAAAAGUUUCAUUGCAUAUAAUCAUUCAGUUGCUUAGGCAGUUGAACAGGCAUUGUUACUUUCCACUUUUAACACUUUACAAGUUUCCCAUGCAGAGGAAAUUAGAAGAAGAAUGUACAGUAUAUGUCCUGGUGUAAUAGAGUACUCAAAUAUAAUUAGGGCUUCUGUUUUUCAGGUUUUUAUUAAUUUCAUUUUUCGGUGCUUAUUUUUUAAUUUUAUGUAAAUCAUUUUUCUUUGGGGCUUUCGCUUUUUAUAUAUACUAUAUGAAAUUAUUGUUUUCGGUUAUUUUCCAAAAUGCUUGGCCGUUUUUUUCUAUCAAAGUAUGUAUAGUAGUAACUCGAUGCUACUUGCACACUUAAGUUGUACCUUCUUUCCUUUACUGUCUUCCACAACGAAAUCCUUAUUGUCAGAUAAAGGCAAAUUCUGGGGUUUUUGUGUGUAGGCAUUUUUUUACAUUUCGCCACAAUUUGCAAUUCUAUUUUAAAUCCUCUGUAUCUUAACUGUAAUGCAGCUUUAAAUCCCGCGAACAAGCCUCCAUUCCUAAUUGAAAUAUUGUUUUAAAUCUUGCAGACUCCAAUAGAAAUGUAGGAAUGUGCUGUCACUCAGUAGUUGGGUGGGUUUAAAGUAUUCAGAACGAAUCAAUGAUAGAUACAAGUCAGGAAGGAGGGACAUUGUAUUUUUUUGUAUUAGUAGUAGUAGGUUUUAUUUUUUAAUGGGAAAGGGGUGGUCAACGUGAUUUGAUUAACUAUUUCCACUGUUUUUCCAGUGUUAAUUGGUUAUACAAUGAUUUCUUCUUUUUUGUAUCUGAGGUGUUUUAUCGUUUUUUUUCGGUUAAAACCGAACAUUCAGAAGCCCAAAAUAUAAUAUCCAACAGAUGGUUUUCUGUAUGGCAACAUACCACAUUUGAAUCCUCUUUUAUACCAAUUAAAACUUAGACUUUGUUAGACAUUUUACCUUGCAGUAUAGCUGUAAUUAUACAAGCGCAUUGUUUCUGGUACAGUUGAGCCUUAAUUGUAUUGAAUUUGUUUUGUGGGCACGAUUAUCUUAAUAUGUCCGUGCCCCAAGUUAUUUAGCUUGUCAGGAAAUGUUGUGUAUUCUCUUGAUAGAAACAACAGCUUAUUGGUGAAAAAUCCCUGACAUUUGUGAAUAAUUUGGGUAUUUUAUUUUCAGUUUUAAUUAGAGAACUUCUACAAUGAGCAAAAUGACAAGCUGAUCUUAAAUGCAUAUACAGAUCUUUGACAUAUCAAGUGAAUGAAAUAUAUAAACUGAUCUACUUUUUUUUUUUUUUUUUUUAAUAACAGAAUAUUUUGCGUGCUAUUAGGGUAUACUCAGAGUAUUGAUAGUGAUAGAAAUUGUGAAUAAAAAUACCCAUAGUGAAUCUUUGCAUUAAAAUGGCAUGCACUUGCAUUGUCAUGACUCUGCUUCAGCAAAUGCAGAAUAAUGCAGAACUGUGUGUUGCAUAAUUGCAAGUUCAUUAUUUGUUUCAGAUACCUAUUUUACAUCUGUUGUGAAAUACUUUAUUUUUCCAGAUUGAAUUUGUAUUGUUUGGUGACGGUCACUAAAUAUUAAAAAACCUCGGGAUGUCACUGCACAUUAGCAGAAUUCAAGAACUGGAUUUUAUCAAAAUGAAAGCAUUUGGUAUUUCUUAGUUGGUUACUGACAGCAAGAUAUGAUCAGAGAGUCUGUGACUCGAGUGGACCCAAUAAUAAGUUCUUGUAAAAUUUAAAAAUGGUUCUCUGACAUCCCUACAGUGCAUUCAAUGUUAUCUGUCAUAUUAAUGUGUCUUGUAAUUACUAUAAUGUCUGGUGUGGUUUCUGUAAUUAUUAGAAUGAAAAGGGAACAGUCAAAGCAAUGACAUAGUUGUACUUAACAUCUGUUUUGAAAAAAAAAUAUUCUUAUAUAAAAUUUGAGGCUUCAGGUAAAGUUAUGAUGUAAUAAAUGUACAGUGAUGUGUCUUCAUACAACUUUGUACUGUGAAUGAAAGUGGUGUAGUUUUGCAAGUCUGAAUAAGAUGCUGCUAAGA